GUUGGCCGUGUUGGAAUUGUUUUUCGAAUACAAGAUGAGGUUAAGCCCGAAAGAAUUAGAGGGUCUUCUGAUACACCAAACUGGGUUUUUGGCUCAGAAACGACUUGCACGUGGUUUAAAGCUUAAUUUACCGGAAACUGUGGCUCUGAUCGCUUCUCAGCUCAAUGAAUUCAUCCGUGAUGGAAAGACUGUUGCAGAGUUGAUGAACAUUGGGAAGCAAUUUUUAGGUGUGAAUCAAGUAUUACCAGGGGUAGGGGAACUUGUUGAAGAAGUGCAAGUGGAAGGGACAUUUCCUGAUGGCACUAAAUUGGUCACAGUUCACAGUCCAAUAUGCCAAGAAAAUGGAGACUUGAAUCUUGCUCUCUAUGGAAGCUUCCUACCAGUGCCUUCAGUGGAGAUAUUUUCAUCUGCAAGUGCUAAUGUUGUGUCUAUGGGUGGUAGAAAUUCACCUGGUGCCAUGAUUCCCUCAGUCAAAGGAGACAUUUUACUCAAUGCUCAGAGAAGGACGAUCAAACUGAAAGUCACAAGCUUGUGUGACCGGCCUAUUCAGAAUUUGAUAGGGCAGCUGCCUAUGGUAUGAGACUGAACAUUGCUGCCGGUACUGCAGUUAGAUUUGAACCUGGGGACACCAAAACAGUUGAACUGGUUGACAUUGCUGGAAACAGAGUGGUUCGUGGAGGAAAUGGACUGACUGAUGGACCAGCUUUGCCCGAAAACUUGGACACUGUCAUGAAGAAGGUUGCUUCAAAAGGUUUUGCUCACAAGCCACAGGAUAAACUUGAUGCUGGUGUCAGUAAAGUGACUAUUCCAAGACCACUGUACAUUGACAUUUAUGGCCCAACUGUUGGAGACAAGGUCUGUCUUGGUGACAGUUGUCUCAUUGUUGAGGUGGAAAAAGAUUACACAGUGUAUGGAGAUGAACUUAAAUUUGGAGGUGGAAAGGUUUUGAGGGAAGGCAUGGGCCAGGCAGCAAAUGUCACCAAUGACACAGCUCUGGACACUGUCAUCACUAAUGCCCUGAUUGUGGAUGCAGUUGCUGGUGUUAUAAAAGCUGACGUGGGAAUAAAGAAUGGUAUGAUUUCUGCCAUUGGAAAAGGUGGUAACCCAGAUGUGAUGGCAGGUGUUACAGAGGGGAUGGUUUGUGGUGUUGGCACAGAAGUCAUAGCUGGUGAAGGACUCAUCUUGACAGCAGGUGGGAUUGAUGCGCACAUUCACUUCACUUGCCCACAACUUGCUGAAGAAGCGAUUGCCUCUGGACUUACUACCAUGGUUGGAGGAGGCACUGGGCCUGCAACUGGUACUUGUGCGACCACUUGUACUCCUGGACCAAACCACAUCAAGGCAAUGAUUCAAAGCACAGAUGGCUUUCCUCUUAACUUUGGCUUCACAGGCAAGGGAAACACUUCAAAGUCUAGUGGAGUUGCAGCAGAGUUAGAAGAACAAAUUAAGGCUGGUGCAAUAGGAUGUAAUUCCAUCAUCAACCAAUCCAACCAGGCCAUUCACUAGAAACACUAUUGAUGAGCACUUGGACAUGCUGAUGGUUUGCCACCACCUUGACAAAAAUCUGAAGGAGGAUGUGGCAUUUGCUGAGUCUCGUAUCAGAGCAGAAACAAUUGCAGCUGAGGAUAUACUGCAUGACAUGGGAGCCAUAAGCAUCAUCUCUUCAGAUUCACAGGCCAUGGGCCGUGUUGGAGAGGUGAUCUGUCGCACAUGGCAAACAGCUGAUAAAAUGAAAAAACUGAGAGGAAAGCUUUCUGAUGAAACGGGUGACAAUGACAAUAUUCGUGUACGCCGUUACGUAGCCAAGUACACCAUAAACCCAGCAUUGGCGCAUGGAAUGUCACAUGUCAUUGGAUCAAUAGAGGUGGGAAAACUGGCAGAUCUAGUGUUGUGGAAUCCAGCUCUGUUUGGUUCUAAACCAGAGAUUGUGGUGAAAGGAGGACAAAUUGCAUGGUCUCAGAUGGGAAAUCCUAAUGCCUCCAUACCAACCCCCCAACCAGUUAGGCCACGCCCAAUGUUUGGUGCCUUUGGGGCUGCUAUUGGAGCUAACUCUGUUGUGUUUGUAAGCCAGGAAUGUACCAAGCAUAAUGUCUGUCAGACAUAUGGUAUCAGUAAGAAGACUAUUGCAGUUAAGGGCUGCCGUACAGUGAAAAAGAAAGACAUGGUGCUAAACAACUACUUGCCCAAGCUUACAGUGGAUCCCCAGACAUACAAAGUUCACAUCGUUGAUCCUGAUAAUCCAUCCAUCAAAGAACAUAUUACAUGCAAUCCAGCGGAAACCAUCCCCAUGGCUCAGCGAUUUUUUAUCUUUUAAGUGCUUAGAGUAAUGGACAGAAAGGGUUUCUCCAGAUACCUUACUUUGACAAACUAAAUUCUGGUUAAAUUUAGAAACUGGAUGUGGCUAGGAAUGUGUAAUGAAUUGUUAUUAAUAUGUGGAUGUAAUUAUAUUCAUUGUGGCUGAUGAGAUUACAGUAUGAACUCCCCUUAAGAGACUCUUGUAAAAGAACAGCUUUUCUUAUAUGUUAGUUAUAUGUUAUAGCUUUUGGCUUGUGAAGUAUGCAGGACUUUUAUGUGAGAAAUGGGUUCCCUUGGCUGGUGCGUAAAAGUGGCCAUGUGUGGUGCACAUCUCUAGUGGCUACUCACUAGUCCCGGUUAAGGUCCAAUUACAAACUUAACACCUUUUUCAUGUGACAAGAGUGUUGGCAUAUGAGAGCUUACACUGUAUCUCUUAAGACACAGUGUAAGCUAUUAGUCUUUUAAAAAAGUCUAAUAGGGGAUGAUUUCUUCAGCAACAAGCAUAUAUGUUUUAAUUGGAGGUAAAAUGGCAAAACUUAAUUUAAGGUAUUUCUGCAUCCUGUUUAGCAUGAGAAGGCAAUAACAGAAACAAAAUGUAUAACAAUUAUAUAGUGGACAAUCUAUGUUCAUUAAACAAGAACAGUCAAGAUUUAAUAUUGUUAGUAAAAUUGAUCCAAAUAUCACACUUGAAAUGUUCAAUGUUGAGCCACUUAAGCACAGAAACAUUGUUUAUAGAAAAGACUGUGUGAUAAUUAGUUUCCUUGCUAUUUUGGUAGAGUUUAAUCAUAACUUUGAUCAAACAUGUUGAACUAAACUGGAUGUUGUAAAUGUAAGGUUUAGAAAUAGGUAUCAGUCAAGCUUGCUGAUUAAGAAAAGGAGCUUGAAAAGGGCUUUUAGAAGCCUUGUAAAGAUAAUACUGUAAUUGUAUUUCAUUUCGUGGAUGUAGAACAUUCUCUUGAAGAGUUACAUAUAAUCAAUUGUUGGCUUAACAGGUUGCAGUUAUUAUGCGUUUCUGUUAUUCCCAAUAAAGAAGGUAAAUGUUCUGAUUAA